GGCACCAUGGGCCGGGCCCGGCGCUUCCAGUGGCCGCUGCUGCUGCUGUGGGCGGCCGCGGCGGGGCCAGGUGCAGGACAGGAAGUACAGACAGAGAACGUGACAGUGGCUGAGGGUGGGGUAGCUGAGAUCACCUGCCGUCUACACCAGUAUGAUGGGUCCAUAGUUGUCAUCCAGAACCCAGCCCGGCAGACCCUCUUCUUCAAUGGCACCCGUGCCCUGAAGGACGAACGUUUCCAGCUUGAAGAGUUCUCCCCUCGACGGGUGAGGAUCCGGCUCUCAGAUGCCCGCCUGGAGGAUGAGGGGGGCUACUUCUGCCAGCUUUACACCGAGGAUACCCAUCACCAGAUUGCCACGCUGACUGUGCUAGUGGCCCCGGAGAAUCCCGUGGUGGAAGUCCGGGAGCAGGCGGUGGAGGGCGGUGAGGUGGAGCUCAGCUGCCUUGUUCCGCGGUCCCGCCCGGCCGCCACCCUGCGCUGGUACCGGGACCGCAAGGAGCUGAAAGGAGUGAGCAGCGCGCAGGAAAAUGGCAAGGUCUGGAGCGUGGCGAGCACAGUGCGGUUUCGUGUGGACCGCAAAGACGACGGCGGUAUCGUCAUCUGCGAGGCGCAAAACCAGGCGUUGCCCUCCGGACACAGCAAGCAGACGCAGUACGUGCUGGACGUGCAGUACUCCCCCACGGCCAGGAUCCAUGCCUCCCAAGCUGUAGUGAGAGAGGGAGACACGCUGGUGCUGACGUGUGCUAUCACAGGGAACCCCAGGCCAAAUCAGAUCCGCUGGAACCGCGGGAAUGAGUCUCUGCCGGAGAGGGCCGAGGCGAUGGGGGAGACUCUCACGCUGCCGGGUCUGGUAUCAGCGGAUAAUGGCACCUACACUUGCGAGGCGUCGAACAAGCAUGGCCACGCGAGGGCGCUCUAUGUGCUCGUGGUCUACGACCCCGGUGCGGUGGUAGAGGCUCAGACGUCGGUUCCCUACGCCAUUGUGGGCGGCAUCCUGGCGCUGCUGGUGUUUCUGAUCAUAUGUGUGCUAGUGGGCAUGGUCUGGUGCUCUGUACGACAGAAGGGCUCCUAUCUGACCCAUGAGGCCAGUGGUUUGGAUGAGCAGGGAGAAGCAAGAGAAGCCUUCCUCAAUGGCAGCGAUGGACACAAGAGGAAAGAAGAAUUCUUCAUCUGACCCCACCCCCAUCCCAGGCCUGGGCCUGGGCUGGGGUCCUCCCCACUGCCAGCUGCAAGGAACCAGCAAAGACAUUUACCAGAGUCUGGGAUGGUGGGCUUCUCCCCCCACCACUAACACCUCAGACGCUUGGGCAGGGAUUGGGGCUGUUGGAUACCUCUGCAAGGGCCAGAAAUGAGGGCUCAGAGGUCUGGGUCCCCCAGGGGGCAGAGGCCAAAGGUCCAGAUCCCCCAAGUCCAGGGAGGGUGGUAGGGAUUGGGUUGGGUGAAGAUGACUGGGGGAAGGCCAGGGCCCC